GCAGCGUUCUAAGAACGGCCACGAAGGGCAAGUGUGAGCGAUGGUGGAGCUGCCCAAGCCCAAGUCGGUGGUGGAGCCUUCGCCCCCGUCUGUGCCGGUUCGCGGCGGCGAGGAGGCUGCGGGGUGGAAGGGGGCGCGCUACCCGAACCCGCCGGACCCAGUGAACCCCGACGUCGCGACGCUGAGGGACCAGUGGCGCUUCGCCAUCCGGCAGUACAGUCGGUGGUACUCCCACGCCUGGGGCACCGCCAUCCUCGCCGGCGUCUCCUUCUUCGCCAUCGGGUGGCUGAUCAAGGGCUCCAACCCUCUCCCUUCGCGGGCGCCCGAACACGCUGACGACCGGCGGUCGCGAGAGGCGACCAGCACCGAGAGGUGACUUUUGCUAUAAGAAUCACAAGUUGCAGGUGAAGCAACUCAGAAAACAUGGAGCCAGAGGAGGAGGUCCAAGAAAUAGGACUGUGCCAUAUGCUGUAAUAUAGUUGAGCAUGCUGCAAUCUGAGAGGAUUGACUUGCAAGUUUGUUUCCAGUUUGGUUUCUAUGGUGUUUUUUGUUUGAGUUCUCCAGUCUGUGGAUGAUGGAUGGUCCGUCAUCUGCCUUCUUGUACCUUUUGCGCUGAUUAUGAAUAAGAGAGAAAUAUCAUCUGCCUUCUUGUACCCUUUUCACUGAUUCUGAAUAAGAGAGAAAUAUUUCCAUGA